AGGUUAAGGAGGACUGGAAGUACGUGGCGAUGGUCCUGGAUCGUUUGUUUCUGUGGAUCUUCACCCUGGCGGUGCUGACGGGCACAGCUGGCAUCAUCUUGCAGGCUCCCACUCUCUAUGAUGAUCGUCUGCCCAUCGAUGUCGUGUACUCAGAGAUUCGGGCAGUAGGGGAUCACGGCUCCUCCAAGAGCUCCACAUCCCCGUCGAGUAUAACCUGAGCUGUGUUGUGUAGUGCGAGCCACGGUGCUUGGGGCAGCGACCUCGGCGAGAAACCGUUUGGAGCUUACCACUUGGGUGCCACAAUACACUCACCCAACAUAAUCUCAGAGUUUAUAAUGGAGCACAACAUGUACAGAUUUACCUGAGGGAAAAGUGCAGUUGUCUUAUCUCAUUCUAAUAAGUGGUGGAAAAACUGCAUCCACUUUAUCGCUGACGGGUGUCAUGAAGAUAAGCUGGUGGUGUGUUUUGUGAGGCUGUCGUGCCAACACACCUGUCAUCGGUCUUGGUUUCUGCUCACUAGAACACACACUCUUCGAUAUCAAAUUUUUGUAGCGUGUUAACUUGGAAACUAAGUUUGUUUGUAAGUAAAGUUUCACGAUGAGCUCAACGACUCACAUAAGCUCACUGCCUGUAAACACUUGUGGCGUGGUGUUGGCACUGUAUUUCCCCUAGGACCAUUACGGCCAUAUUGCUCAAUACUGAGACGGUGGUGGACUACGAGUAGCCAGAUAUAAGUGAAUUUGUAGGUAGUAGAGUUGUAGCUGCACCUUCCAUGAACACUGUGUGAGCGGCUCAUGUCGUGUGCCAGACAACCUUACUAUAAUGUGCAGUUUCCGUAAUGAAGGUUUUUUCUUGAGUCUUUUCCAUGUAGGGACAAUUUAGUGAUUUGAGAAUGUACUUUUCCACUACUGUAUGUACAUUACAUGUAAACAUUUAUAUAUCUGCUGCAUUAUUUAUAACGUGCAGAGAAUAUUCCAAAUCCAUACUGUACUCUUUAUUGAAGAAUAUGUAAGUAUAAUUGUAGAUACGGUGAGCGAGUACUGUUGGUGAGAUGCACACCCUUCCCUGGGUGUCUACUUGUGGUACUGUACUGUACUGUACUGUACUGUACUGUACUGUACUGUACUGUACU